CAAAAACUCAUGAUAAGCUCGUUACCCUCGUAAAUGUAAAGAUUCAUCGUACUUCUCAUUCAAGUAUCUCGCAAGCCCACAAUAGCUCUGAGUUUGCUAUCAACUACUUCUAAACUCAUGUGGCGCGAACAAGAACACCUCAUAUUAAGGCUCUAUGGCCACGAUGACCCUCCUCGCAUCAUCGCCGUGACGGCAAAGAGCAAGGGGACAGGAAAGAACUAUCCCGCUAUUUAUCUUGACCGCGACAAGAUACCGCUCAAUCGAAAGGCCAUUGAGGCCCUAGCAGAUGCUCUACCCUCUGAUGCGGGCGCUCAUGGACAGAGCAUCGAUGCGUUGACCUCUCUCCAACGGGCUGAGCGUGAAUAUCUCGCUCAGUAUGUGGUGCAGCGGCUUGCUCUGGAAGACGUCUCACGCGAAAGCGGGAGGGAGACCGCCAAAAGGAUGUGCAUUGUUCGGCAAACAGGAGAUCCGUGGGAAAAGCUCGCCGUCGAGAAGCCCAAGCUCAUUAAGUCCCCUCGAUCAAGCCCCGAAAUGCGCCUCCGACCCGCCAUGGACUUUCAUCAUACCUCACUGGAGGUGAAGAACAUGAAUUACGAAACUAAACGUCACAGUAAUGUUGCCAAAUUCUAUUCAAACCUGAGCAAGACAGAAUUGAAGGAUGUACCAUCGACAUGAGAAGUGGAUGAGUCACAACGGCAAGUAGAGUGUACACCCCGAUGUUCAAGCGUGGCUACACGAAUGCAAAGAUAAUGACAGUAAUAUGGAGGGGACCAUGCCUUAUCCAAAAAAAAUCUUCUCUUGUGAGGUUGGAAAGAAUUAUUAUGCCUUCUUUUGAGUCAUACUAAGGAGCUUUUUAAUAGGGAGGUAGAGGACGUAAUGAUUUGAGAGGCUCAUCAUUUUCGAUUUCCUUCCAACGUGGUGCUUUUGAAGCCGUGCAUUGGAACGUCACCUUCAGUAAGUACAUCUCAGAACUCCAUGCCUCGUCAGACUGAAUCCAACAUGGGCCGGACAGGACCAAAAAAGUACUCUGUCCAACAUCGUUGAUUCAAUGCCAAUACAUUUGACCAAAAUUGCGUUUCACCUGCUGUGUAACACGUCAUUCGACUGUACGUAAGAGUGCGAUUGCCUCGUAUAGUGAUGAUCUGCCGGCAAAUUUUAUUUUCAUAAAAUCGCAUUUUCUGCUCCACCAUGCCAUGAUAUCGUCAGACACUUUGUCCUUGCUUUUUGCCGAGACAGAAACUAGCAUUUGCCGAGCCACGCGGGAUGAUACGGGGAAAGAGGCAUUUUUUUUACCACGUGCAAGGACGGCCUUUGGACUUGCUUCACUUCUGGGUGCACCAUCCACAUAUGUAAGGCGAUAUAGAUAUAUAAAAAUGUACAUGAGCUUCAU